UCCCCAAGAAAGCAAAAAAGAAAAACAAAAGACAAAACGGAAGCUUCAAGCAUCGACUAGAAACAGAGUGGAGCAAUUCACAGUUGACGAAAAGCAAAAAAGAAAGCAGAGAUCGGGGUUUUCGAACAGUCCGGUAGGCGGCACCCGAUCCGGUUUGUCUUCGCGAACCAAUAACCACCGAAGCAAGUUCAAGCGGCGUCGUUUCAUAUGGAUGUGUCGGAGCUUUGGGCGAUCUUCGGGCCAGGCGUAGCCGGCGCCGUGUUCGGAGCCGGUUGGUGGUUCUGGGUCGACGCCGUCGUUUGCAGCUCCGUCAAGGUCUCCUUCGUCCACUACCUCCCUGGCAUAUUUGCAUCUUUGGCGGCGUUGAUGUUCAAUUGCGUUAAAAAGGAAGACAUUGAUUACUCUCCGUACGAAGAGGGCGAGUGGAGGUUGAAGCUUUGGCUGUUCAUUGCCUAUGUUGUAGCCUUUGUAUCUCUAGCGGCAUCGGUGGGUUUGCUAAUACAGGAUUCACUUGUGACAACUGGUCCUCCAGUGUGGACAGGAGUUGCUGGUGUCUUGCAAUCAGUUUUUGUGUUGAUCAGUGGGCUAAUUUAUUGGACUGCUCACCCGGAGUAAGUAGGGAUGUAUGAGCUGUACCUUUUCCUUUGGAACCUGGAUUUCGCAAGUGUAUGUGUAUCAUUUAACUUCUUCAAACAGUUUGGACCAAGGAGACAGAAAGAUGAAUGGUAGAUUGGGUUCGAAUUCCAAUUCCAUAGUUAAUAUGGAAGGUAUUGUUCACCGU